ACCUGCAUGCGAAGGAGUGGGCAGCAACACUCAGACAUAUAUUUUAAAGUUGUUCAUUACUAAGACAAAUGCAUGACUGGUGACAAUGGAAACUGACAAGCCACCAGCAGGAGCACAAAAAAAUGAACUGGCUAGCCUGCGGCUGUGCGUUACUGAGCCGUCCUUCUCAGAGGAUCCCAGGGUCAUUCACGCAGCAGAGGUUCUGAAGCUGCCUAUAACGACAAAAUCAAUAGAGGAGUGUCUGGCAGAUACAGAAUACGAGACAAUCUUUCUAGUCAAGGAGUUCGAUGGCGACCUUUACACCCAUCUCGUGGAAUCCGAGGGAGUUGUGGUGGGUCGGCCGGCUCUGCUCGACAUCGUGGCGCGCCACAUCCCCAUGCCGAACCUGGCGCGGCCCCUCUACUCUGCGGCCAUGAAGGACGUCACCAUGUGCUUCACCGGCUUCAGGAUGCGGCAGCAGCUGAAACGUCUGGUGGACCUGGUACACCACCUGGGUGGCUCGGUGCGCCGCGAGGUCGGACCCAACAUCACACACGUCGUGGCCAACGCCUGCUCCGGAGACAAGUACAGGUACGCGGUGACGUUUGGCCUGCCCGUGCUGCGAGACACCUGGAUCGAGACUGUGUGGCAGCGGCGAGAGGAGCUGGGACUGAUCGCCACGCACAGAGAUAUCAUGGCGCCGCACAGGGUGCGGCCGUUUUUCGGCGCGCGAGUCCGCCUGCUGGGCUUCUCGUCCGAGGAGAGGGAGCACAUGGCAGAGGUGCUGGUAGACAACGGCGGUCAGCUGGCCAGCGAGGAGCCCGGCGCCGAGCCCUGCACCCACCUGGUGGUGGACGACAGCACGGUGCAGGAGCUGCCGGAGCCGCCGCCCGAGCGCGCGCACCUGGUCAAGGCCGAGUGGUUCUGGGCCUGCAUUCAGAUGGACGCCGCUGCCGACGAGAGCAUGUACCGCUUCCAGACCCCACCGGCCCGGGAGGUGCCCAGCCCGGCGGCGGCCACCCUCCUCAUGCCCACCAUCACCCCGAGCUCGCGCACCACCCGCAAACGGAAGCGGCUCCGCGAGACGCUGCACCAGCUGGCGCGCGACACGCCCAGCCCGGCCGUGACGUCACCCACCGGCGGCCAAUCGCAGCCGACGGCCAAGCGGCGCUCGUCCAUCACCGACAUCAACCUGCUGUCGACGUCGGGCUCAUUCUUGGACGCCACGCCGGGCGGAGACACCGACACCUCGACCUUCGCCGAUGGCACCUCACCUGCGCUGGGCGCGUCGCCGGCGCUGGCGGCCGACCUGCGCUCCAUGUCGCCGCGGCAGCAGGUGUUUCACGAGCUGCUGCAGACCGAGACCAACUACGUCAAAGUGCUGCACACCGUGGUGACGCUGUUCAAGGAGCCACUGGAGGGCGCUGAUCAGGUGGGCGGGCCUCUGCUGGAGCCGCCCGACAUUAAGAUCAUUUUCGGCAACAUCCCGCCCAUCUACGAGGUGCACUGCCAGCUGCGCGACGACCUGGCGGCCAUGGCCGGCCGCUGGCGCGACGAGCUCUCGGUCGGCGAGGCCGUCAUCAAAUACGGUGACGACCUGAUGCGCUCCUACCCGCCGUUCGUCAACUUCUUCGAGAAGUCGAAGGAGACGCUGGUGCGGCUGGACCAGGCGCGGCCGCGCUUCCACGCCUUCCUCAAGAUCAGCCAGAGCAAGCCCGAGUGCGGCCGCCAGACGCUGCAGGAGCUGCUGAUCCGGCCCGUCCAGCGACUGCCCAGCAUGAUCCUGCUCCUCAACGACAUUCUGAAGCACACGCCCAAAAGCCACCCGGACCACCAGAAGCUGGAGGAGGCCCUGGCCAAGAUCAAGGAGGUGAUGACCCACAUCAACGAGGACAAGCGGCGCACCGAGGGUCAGAUGGCGCUCUUCAACAUCUUCAACGACAUCGAAAACUGCCCGGCCCACAUUGUGUCGUCCCACCGGUCGUUCGUCACACGCUGUGAUGUGGUGGAGAUCAAGGGUGACGGUCUGAGCGGCCGCGGCGACCACCUCAUCAUGUUCCUGUUCUCCGACAUGCUGGAGGUGUGUAAGAAGCGGGCGCGGUACAACUCGCUGCGCUCGCCGUCGGCCGUCAGUUUGCAGGCGGCGGCGCGCUCCUUCAAGCCGUACAAGCACGUGGAGCUGAUGCCGCUGGCGCACAUCAAGCGCGUGGUGGACAUCCGCGAGACGGAGGGUAAGGCGGCGGCGUGGGGCGGACGCUCCGCCGCCGGCCGGCGCCUCUCCUCGGUCUCCUUUGCCAGCCUGGUGUCGGCGGCCUCGUCCGAGUCCUCGCUCCUCUCAGAGUGUCACAACGUGUUCACGCUGAUCUGCCGGAGCAACCAGGAGCUGAAGGAGCGCCACUACACGUUCACCAUCAGCUCCGAGGACGUGCAGAAGGAGCAGUUUCUGCGCACACUCUGCAGGCAGAUGGCGCACGUCACCUGCCGCGCUGACGCCGAGAACUUCCUGACGGUGCUGGACCCGCAGCACCUGGACAUCGAGAGCAGCGAGGUGGCCGGGUCGAGCACACUCAGCCGCGUCUCAAAGUUCGCCACCAAGACGGGUCGCAAGGUGGGGCGCGCGUUCAGCUUCAAGCAAACGCCCAACAAGCUGCGCCGGGCCGUGUCGACCGUCAUCAGCCCGUUCCAGGGCGGCACACCGUCCGGGCCCAUGUCCGAGAUGAGGAUGGCCUCCUCCUCCAACCUGAGGCGUCUGAUCCACCAGUCGUCAGCGGCGCUGCUGCCCUCGCCGUCCCGGCCGCCGCCGGCGCCGCUACCCAGCCUAGAGGCUAGCGCGUGCUCAGAAAGUGUCCAGACGUCGACCCAGCGACGCCGCUCGCUGCGUUCAGCGGCGCCGCCACCAUGCCCCACCCCCAGUCUACAACGCCUCUCUCAUCUAAGAAGAAGUUUAAGGCAAGCUCGCUGGGGUAUUCAGCGUCAAAGCUCCUGUAGCCGGCGCGGCAGUGACGGCGUACCGCCGCUGCCGGAGCGCAGCCUGCCGCGGCGGCUGGCGCGCGCGCUCAGCCUCACCGGCGUGCAGGGCUCGGCGGCGCCCGGCUGACAGCGACACUUUGUGAGCACGCGCCCGUCCCGGUGCCGGGGCGGUCUGUACAUACGGGGAGAGUGGGGCCGGCAGCAGCCAGCCGCCGGCCCGGAGCGUCUGUGUGCGUGUGUGCGUGACGGGCCUCUGAGGACCUCUGAGGCCCGUCGGGGUAUUUAUACUCGAUUAAGUAACGGGACCACUGCUGCGUAGCGUGCCGAGCCGACCUGGCCCGCGGUGGGAGUGUUUUCUGUUGACCGCUGGCUGCGCGGGGCGGCUCCCUCGGCCGCGGCCGGACCGGCCUGCCCGCGGAUGGUGCAGUCGGGACGGACGGCGGACGGGCCCCGCUUAGUCACCCAUCUAUCAGCGCGCGUUUUCUGGGUAUCAGCCAUGACUCACUUCUUGUUGUCGAUCUGUGUGAGUGCGUCGAGUGCCUGCGAUCGAGCCGGGUUGCAGUGUGAUUGGACAGUGAGGCGCCCGGCGAGCCCGUGAUAGGCGAGACGUGGCGUGCUGGUGCGAGUGUGCUGGCGAGAGAUGUAGGUACUAAUGGACGGAAUUUCGACAGGCGGCGCCUGUCGACGUGUGACCUCAUGUGCGGCGCCUGUCGUACGCUCAGAGAUUAUCCGGCUCGUGAGUGUGUGUGACUAGAAACUGCCCUCGCUUCGGGAAUGAUACUAUUCAUCAUCUUCUGUUAUACUCGUGUGUAUCAAGCGCCUGCGCCAGUGAUUCGCUGCAUUUACGUCAAAUCGCCAAACUAGGUCCGUUCUAGGUUUUAUACCGGUUGUCCUGUGAGGAUCUGAAUACAUUAGUAGUGCUUUCUAUUA